AUUUGAACUGUUUUCACCAUGACAUAUUUGCAUGUAUAACUAAAGACUUAGAAAAAGCACUAGCUUGUAAUUUGUUUCGAGAAAUUUCAUUUAGUCUUCAACGAUAAAGACUAAAUAAGCAAUUCAGAGUAUGACUUGAGACGUCUUGACUUGACUUUUUAUAGUCUUGCCAAGUAGCGCACACUUGAAACAAUUUUAAAGCUUACUUUUCAAUUUAAGAAAAAUUUCAAAGGAAUAUCCCUGUUUAUAACAUAUAAUAUUAGGCUAAUGUUGAGUAUCAUCCCCGUGACGUCAUUUGCAUGUUUAUUAUAGUUGCAGUGAAUUACUUGAAUUAGGGUUUAGGUGAGGCAGUGAGGUUGAGAGAUCCAUGUAGGCUUAGGGUUUAGGUUAGGCAUAGGGGUGCAUUUAGUUAAGGUUUAGUUUAGUGACAGAAUUAACUGGUUGUGUCAACCAAGAUGGCAGAAACCCCAGGGAGAUUUCUCAACAUUUACCAAAUAUUAUAAAUAAAAAUGAGAAUUUACUUUCUCAACUUAAUCUUUAGCUAAGUUGCUGUGAAAUUAGCUACUAACACUAACAACACUCGUAACACUAACAACAGUAACAGUGGUUGUGGUCAAAAAGCUAAAUCUACUUACUUACUACACUCAAAACUUUUCAAAGUGACUGGAUGGGGCGAGUUGAGUCCCUAUAAAUAAUUGUAGAGCACACAAUCAACACGUGUGGAUAACUUCCUGUUUCCACACUCUAGCAGACAACAAUCUGUACUGUUGUCACCAGAUUAUAAAUAAAUCUAUCGAAAUAUCUAAUAAAUGUCCAUUAAGUAAUUGCGCUGCACAGUACCUGUGUUUACAUAACAGCAUAUUCUCCCAUAUUCAAUAUCUGAGCGAUAUCCAGCUAUUAGCUAUGUUCAAUUUUGCACCAGGCGCUAUGUCAGACCUGCCAACCCUUCCGAUUUUGUCAGAAUUAUACAGAUUUUUUACCCCUCAUUCCGACCUUCCGACAAACCCCUUAAAAUCACGAUUUUCCGAACAAUAUAAUUUUUCACCCGUCAUAAAAAUAAAAAAGCAACAACAAAAAAAUCGGGUCCGACAGGAAGUGGUGCAUUAGGAUGAUGCCACAAAUCUAAAUUUGUUAUUGUGGUCAUGUGCAAUACAAUUGACAUUUGUGUCUGCAAUUGCACUGCAUUUUAAAAAGAAAACCUAUGUAACUUGACUUCCCGGGGCAAGGUUGGCAAUCCUGGGUGAUCUCUCUCUUCUUCAGUCUUUGGUGUUCUGACAUAUUAAAUAUCUGAGGGAUAGCCUGUAAUAGUCACUAUGCUCAAUUUUGCACAUUGCAUAAUAUGCUUAGGGGUCAUCUUACCCUACCCCUCACCGGCCUUCAAUUUUACAUACCACAGUUAAAUGUUUACAUAAUAAAUUUAUUUAAUUAAUUUUUGUCAUUUGAUGCUUUUAUUGUGAAAAGUAUACAAAUGUGCUUUUAUUCAGUGAAAUACCGGCAAUGGGUUCAUAUAAAAUUAUAUAUCCCCCCCCCUUUUUUUCAUGUAGUCUUGGUUGCAGGUUUGAUACUACGCAUCGAAAUUAUUGACGACUAUUAUUAAAUAUUUUGAAAUUUAAAAUAAUUAAGUUAUUAUCUGAUGAAAAUGGUAUUUUCUGCAAAAGGGCGGAAAAGGAAGUGUUAAAUUUAUUGCACAUACGCAUUGUCGCAAUAAUAAGUUGAGCUCUCAGAAAUCCCAAUUUCACCUAGUGCUCAACUUGUCCCACCCAGUCACUAGUUUAUUAUUAAUGGUAGUGUUGCCUGUUGGGUAGAGCAAAAUAUACCCUAGCAGCUAGACUAAUAUGCGAUAGGUAGAAGGCAAUGCUUCCUUCCUCUUAUAAAUUGAGAUUUACAGUCUUUUUAGUGGUCAGUAAAAACAAAAUUCCCCAAGAAUAAUAGACUUACAUUUGUAUCUUUAAUAGAAAUGAAAUAAAAAUAAAUUAAAUAUAGUAGUUUUUGAAGUACCCGUAAUGCGUUUUUUUGGUUGUAAUGUUCGUUAGUCCUCCACAUUUAGUGGUCAAAUUUUGUUUAUUUAGUUUUUGGCUACUACUUUAUUACAAACAUAUAUUAUAAAUUACUUGGGCUAUUCCGAUAACCAUGUUUUGGAUAAUGAAAAAAUCCAAGCUCCACUGUAUAUUCAUAAUAAAAUUAUUUACCACAUCAACGUUUUGAAACAUGUAAUUUUAUGUAGUUAUAUUUAAAUUUUUUUUAUUUUGAUAGGCCAAAAUGUUGCGUCAAGUACUUCAAAAAAUUGUGCCCAUAGCGAAUGCUGCUACUCAAAGGAAUUUGGGAAUUACUGCUGUAGUACACAACCAAGAUCCUAUACAACAAUUGUUUCUUGACAAGAUUAGAGACUAUCGCAACAAGUGAGUAAUUUUUGUGUGCUGAUUAAAGUGCAUGUAUUACAAUGGAUAAUAAUAUGACUUUAUAAUUUCCUUCCCAAUUUUCAGUUGAAAAAAGCAAAGAAGAAAGGAAAUAACAUGACAAACAAUGGCGGCUGCUUUGCAUGAACUCCCCAUCAAUUAAAGUUACAUACAAAACACGCAUUUAAAUAUCACACUUUAUUUUGGACACCACCUAUUGAACUCAGUUUUACAGCUAUAAAUCCAUGUAUUACAUGCCUAGAGAUUUUAUUAUUUGUGAUGGGAUUCAACAAGCCAAAUAAAGAUUCCAAAUUUAGGGUAAGAGUAAGAGGUGAAGUGUGUCUCAAAUACAAGAACUGAACCAAAAUUUUAGCAUCUUCUUUAGGAAAAAAAUUCAAAUUUUGCUUUAAUAUAAUUUGGUUUAAUCAAGCAGCUUAUUUGUUGAUUUUAUUUAGUUUAAAAAUUUGUUGAUGUAUAUAUAGUAAAGUUAAUUUUAUUUUUCAUUUGCCACAUUUGUGUUUUUUUUGUGUGUGUGGAAUAAAGAAGAUUUCUAACCACACUUAAUAUAGAUCUGCACCAUUCUGGUUCUAAAUAACAAUGCAAGUGGAUAAGAUAAUGUCAAUAUUUUUUACAAUUUUUAUUUUGCUACAGAUCUCAAAAUGGAAAGUUGGUGGAUGCAACCCCAGAAUCAGAGGCAUCUCUAAAAGAAGUGCUUGGUAACCUGGAAAGGGCAUUUGGAGCUAAAGGUGUUGACAUGACUCAGUUUCCAACAUUUAACUUUACAGGUAAAACUUUAUUACUAGAACAGCCACGUCCAUAUUUCAAAGGAGUGAAAGGGCUAACAUUUUAUAUUUUGUGAGCCUGUGAGAACGUAUUAUUCUUAUAUAUAUCUAAAUUAGUUAACAAUCUAAUUGAAAUUUUGAAGUCAGAGAUCUAAUCAAAAUAUUUGUUGUAACUUCAAGUUUUACAAUCUUUGAUUAUUGAGAGGUGCCAAAUCUGCCUUAGAAUUAGAUUGACUUGGUGUGUUCCGUACAUGGAUUGUGAUUAGCAAUGUGACAUAAGUGUUUGAUGAAAUAUAAAGAAUUAGCCUACUGAAAAUAAAACAUUUGGUAGAGUUUGAAUAUUAUAACAGCAAUGCAGUCUUGGGAAUUCUAAAAGAGUAACCAUUACAUUUAUUUGUGUAAUUAAAAAAACGUUUUUGCUCUCUGCUUAUGCUAAUAAAUUCUUUCUCUCUAUAGAACCUGCUCUAGUAUGGCCAGGACCUAGUGCUCAAGAAAAGGCCAAGAUAAAGGAAGCAGUUGAGGCAGAACGGAAGGCAGAGGAGAAACGUCUGUUAGAGGCGCAAGCUGAUUCUGCAAAAUAUGACCCAUUUGAAGGUUUUUGAUAAGCUGUUGCAACUGUGAUGAGUGAAUUUUUCUAGAACUGUGUACAUGUGGUUAUCUAAGAAAAAUUACAUACAAGUAAUCAAGUUAAAUGUUAUCAAAGUUAAUCUUGUUUUUAUAUGUCGGUGAAAACAUGAUGUGUCUCUAAAAGGUAAUAAAUACUUGGUUAUUAUGAAUGAAA